UUUUCCCAUGUCUUGAGCUCCAUAAGAACGCAACGGUUGGCGAUUUUCCCAGUCGUGCCUCAAGUGCAAUUCCCAGCCAGAAUCCGCAGUUCGUCCCGUUUUGAGCAACCUCCAGAUCUACUCGGAAGGCGUGAAUUUCACAGAUCCUCAAGAUGGCGCCAGCAAUACCACCCAAAGAUAUUCGCCGGCUAUCAGAGCUUUCAACGAUAGCGAACCCAGCUUCAUCGCGUCCAGUUUCGUCCCUUAGCCGGCAACACAUCAGACCCGUACCGAGCACACCGACCGCGCCAGAAGGGGCUCAUCUUUCUCCACAAAAGUAUCGGCCCGAGAACAAGCUCUUGGAAGUGGUAGUCACGUCGAGCUCCGAUGCGGACGAGACAACCACGGCUGAAGAUCACCUUCUUGACAAACGAGGGAACCAGCGGCACCGUGCGGCGAGACCAUUAUCUGGAAUUAGCGCUAGGAGCUUCAGGAGUUACAUUUCGAACCUCAGCUAUAUCAACAGGAAGAACCUGGCACGUUUUGGGAAGAGCAAGCUCACGUUUCUGGUGGCCAACACUGUGUUGACCUUCAUUGGACUGGCCACCGUUCUCUUUGGCAUCUUCACAUUCCUCAACAACAACCCAACCGCAAUGGUGAUGCGAAUGAUCCGCGUCGAUCUGCUAUUCCUCCUGACUCUCACCAGCGGAGCAUUGACCAUUGUCGGAUUGGUGGGGUUCCUUGGCGCAUUCAUGCACCGAAAGAACAUACUCUCCAUACAUAGCGUGCUGCUCUGGCCGAUUCUCGCCGGGCUGAUUGUGCUAGGUUACAUGGCUUACAACCAACUCAACACGUCGGCGUGGGAUGAUUUCUUGACCAACAAGUGGGAUACGCUUUAUGAUCAGCGGGGUUUUGUCCAGGACAAGUUCAAUUGUUGUGGCUUCUUUAGCGGGCUUGACCGACCUCUAGCAGUCGAUCACUGCGUCCCUCCCUCACCGCCAGCAGUCAACCAAGUUGGAGCCCCCAGUACAUCACCUCAAUCCAAACGACGUCGCCAAAGCCGCCCCGCGAAGCGGCAGGUUCGGCUGCACGAAGUGGGCCAAAACGUCCUGCAGGGUCAGGACACCAGCUCAUCCCCGCCUGGCCCCGCGAGUGGAACACCGGACUUUGCAUCUGCGCCUGGUUGCUACAUGUCGUGGAAUGAUCAUGCUUCGUCGUUCCUGAGGACCACCUACAUUUGCGCAUUUUGCGGAAUACCGCUACUGUUGUUCGUCUUUAUCGUGGGGCUGCUAGCAUCCAACCACAUCUAUGACUGAACUUUGGCGGCUCAAACUAUCCAUCGCUCAUGAAUGAGCUUGGCCUCAAAAGUGUAAGUUAGCGUGUCGUACGGUUGCGGGGCGUACCCAAUGCAUAUAAGUGCCCUUGUAGAUUUCAAUAUUACAUAUGUACAGUAAACAUAAUGGAUCGACCAUCUUUCCGUCCAAAAUUGCUCUUUGAGCCUCCACACCCGUUUCUCCGGUCAGUAGCCAGAAAUUUCAUCGAGUAUCUGCGAGGGUAUGCUGGCCAGAAACUUCUCUCGCCAUGCCAUGUAUUCUGCGUAUUGCUUUGUACUGGUGACUUCCCGAUCGUCAAUCUGCAGGGC